AUGGAACAUAAAAGAAAAAAAUUAUCUGGAAGUCAAUACAAAAAGAAACGCCUAAAGAAUGAGGAACAAGAAAGAAAGCUCAGCAAUGUAAUAAAGAAAUUCUUAGUACAAAAGUGCGGUUUAGAUGAGCCAUCCACAUCAGCAGCAACUGAUUUGGCAAAUAACAACACAGUGCCGCCCCAAUCACUUCCAGAAGAAGUUGUUGAAGAGAGCCAAAUACUAACACCAUCAGAUCUUCAUGAACAGCCGGGCAGCACAUCCACGUCAACUGCGACUGCCUUGGAUUUGGCAAAUAAAAACACAGUGCCGCCCCAAUCAAUUCCAGAAAAAAUUGUCGAAGAGAUCCAAAAAAUAACAUCAUCAGAAGUUCAUCAAGAACCGGGCCGCAUUAGCAGUGGCAGUCAGCAGGUAUUAAAAGAAAUUCCUUCAGAUCCUGCAUUAUGGCUUACUUUCUGCAUGUCAUCUCAAACUCGUCAACUACUGGUUGAGAGGGGUCCCCAUCAAAUUAAAGAAUUCGAGUUUCCUAUUAAUAAAGGAAAGCGUAGAUUUUUGCCCUCGUAUUAUUCGAAAGUGUUGAGCAAUGGUGAAGUCGUUGAGAGAAGUUGGCUUAUUAACUCUAUUGCAAGUGAUGCCGUUUUUUGCUUUUGUUGUAUAUUAUUUGAUAAUUCGUCUGAUAUUAGUGACUGGCCCAAAAAAAGCUAUUCUGACUGGAAAAAUCUUAUAAGAGCCCUCACAAUGCACGAAAAGUUUGUAAAUCACAGAAAUGCUUUUAGAGCAUGGAAAGAAUUGGACAUUCGAUCGAAGCAGAAAAAAACUAUUGACGCUGAAUAUCAACGAAUUAUGGAUAUGGAACUUCAGCAUUGGAGAGGAGUUAUAAAAAGAAUUAUGUCAAUAAUUAAACUAUUGGCCUCACAAUGUUUAGCUUUUCGUUGA